UCUUCCCAAUGGCAAUUUCGUAAUAUCAUCUAAAGUGUCGGCCAAUUGUUAUUGAGGAGCAUAAAACGUUGUCACUUUACCUGUUAAACUAAUAAUUUGUUUUUUAAGCUAAUUUCAAAAGCACCACUUUCUAACUUUCUAUGCACCAAGGAAAGAAAAAAAAAGGACAUCACACCAAAAACUAGUAUAUAAAAAGGCCAAAGAGAAAGAAACAUCAAAACAAACCCUUCACUUCCCAAAAAAAAAAACAUGCAACUUCAAACGACAGCAAUGGCGAACAAUGAAUCAGACUACGACAGUAGCUGUUCCUCCAUAACCGUCCCAGACUCUAGCCGGAGCUGGAUGAGCAGCAGCCUUAGCUUCAGUAGCCGGCGGCAGAGUUCAGUCUCGGUGAGCUCUUCAGCCGCUGAGUCAUCCUCAACAGUCAGCACCACCUCCCAGAAGCCGCACAAGGCAAACCAAGCGGCGUGGGAAGCCAUGAGCCGGCUGCGGCUGAGCACGAGAGGAGGGCGAGUGGGGUUGGACCAGUUCCGCCUCCUGCGUCGGCUGGGGAGUGGGGAUAUAGGUAACGUUUACCUCUGCCAGAUAAGAAACGGUGUCGUUGGGUCGUCGGCGACGUCGUUGCCUGAUCAGUGCUUUUACGCCAUGAAAGUGGUGGACAGAGAAGCUUUGGCGAUUAGGAAGAAGCUACAGAGAGCUGAGAUGGAGAAAGAGAUUCUGGGUAUGCUUGAUCACCCGUUCUUGCCUACUCUCUAUGCUGACUUUGAUGCUUCUCACUACUCUUGCUUGGUUAUGGAGUUUUGCCCUGGUGGUGACUUGUACUCCGCUCGCCAACGCCAGCCAAACAAACGAUUCUCUAUUUCUUCUGCCAAGUUUUAUGGUGCGGAAACAAUCUUAGCACUAGAGUAUCUUCACAUGAUGGGGAUAGUUUACAGAGAUUUGAAGCCUGAAAACGUUCUAGUUAGAGAAGACGGUCAUAUCAUGCUCUCUGACUUCGAUCUCUCUCUCAAAUGCGACGUCGUUCCGAAGCUCCUAAGGCGUAAAACGACGUCAGAUAUUGAAACAAAUGACGGCAGAAAGUACGAGAGGAGCUGCUCAACUACAUCUUCAUGUGCUCUUCCCAUGCAGCCUGUUCUCUCGUGUUUCUCAGCUUCCAAAAGGAAAAAGAAAACAACGGUCACGACGAUAACUGAAAGAGCCGACGAUCACGAUCAUCAUCAUCAUCAUCAUCAACAAGAAGUAGUACACUACGUGGACGAUCCAGAAUUGGUGGCGGAACCCAUCCACGCCAAAUCUAAGUCCUUCGUUGGAACACAUGAAUAUUUGGCUCCUGAAGUGAUAUCUGGUCAAGGGCAUGGGAGUCCUGUAGAUUGGUGGACACUUGGAGUGUUCCUCUACGAAAUGUUGUACGGAAGGACACCAUUCAAGGGAGAAAACAACGAGAAGACUCUGGUCAACAUUCUUAAACAACCGCUGACAUUUCCAAGAACCGGGGUUAGUUGUGCCAAAGAGUAUGAAGAGUUGGUUAAGGUUCAAGAUCUUAUAAGCAAGCUUUUGGUGAAGAAUCCCAAAAAGAGACUUGGGAGCUUGAAGGGUUCUGUGGAGAUUAAGAGACACGACUUUUUUAAGGGCGUGAAUUGGGCUUUGAUUAGGUCAGUUAGGCCACCUGAGGUCCCAAGAGAUUUGAUCAAGAAGAAGAAUAAUUCUACGAGAAGAGCUCAUAAUACUAAUUAUUUACCAAAGUUAAUGAGCAAGAAAGAGAGGGAAGAACCGUAUCAGAUCCCACAUCACCACCACCACCAUCAUCAUCAUCAUGUUGAUUACUUCUAAUGACUUGGGUUAUAUAUUAUGUAAUAUGUGUACAUAGGUGAAAACAGAAGCAAAAAUGAGAAGCAAAAAAAAAAAAGAUUAAGAGACGUUUGUUUAAUUUUCUAAUCUGUUUUUCCUUUAAAUGAGAGAUUAUUAUUAUUCAUUAUUAUUAUGGAUAAUGUAAGAUGAACAAGCUAGCUAGCUUGUCAUUAUGUGCUGUGAAUUAUAUAUUGGCAUCUAAUUAUCAAUCAAUUAUUAAUUAAGGUCUUAAAUUA